AUGGUUCAUGGAAAUGCUAAAACUAAAAAAAAAAUAUAUCAAUCUAGAAUAUCAAUCAAUCAUUGGAAAACAAAGUUUAAAUGUUUGUCACAUCAAAUAAGGACAUUAGUAAAUAGUACAAAAAGUGAUAAAAAUACAAAACUUUUAAAUAUUCAAGAUAAAAAUGUAAAGGAUACAACAUUAUGUUCAAAUAUUGGAGUUGACAAGCAAGCAAAUGAUAUUGAUAUAAAGAAAAAAGUUUCCACAGAAUUAAAAAGUGAUAUUACACCAGACAAUUUGAAAACUUACAAUUACAAGCCACAUACAAUUGAAAGAUGUAUGAAUAAGAGUAUUGAUUAUGAGGAUGAUAUAAUUAUUAUUAGUGACAACGAAGAUAAUGAUUCUAAUUUUAAUUUUUGUGAAGUUGAUAAUGAAGAGGUUAAUAACGAAAUUAAUGAAAUUAAUAAAAUUGAUUUAAAGGAUUAUGAAUCAAUGAUAUUCACAGAUCUUAAAAAAAAUUGGCCUACAAUUUUAAAAAAAAUGAGUGAUCCUUUGACAGGAAAUAAGGUAUUUGAAAGUAUUUUAUUAAACAAAUUAUUAUUUCGGAUGGUUCAUGGAAAUGCUAAAACUAAAAAAAAAAUAUAUCAAUCUAGAAUAUCAAUCAAUCAUUGGAAAACAAAGUUUAAAUGUUUGUCACAUCAAAUAAGGACAUUAGUAAAUAGUACAAAAAGUGAUAAAAAUACAAAACUUUUAAAUAUUCAAGAUAAAAAUGUAAAGGAUACAACAUUAUGUUCAAAUAUUGGAGUUGACAAGCAAGCAAAUGAUAUUGAUAUAAAGAAAAAAGUUUCCACAGAAUUAAAAAGUGAUAUUACACCAGACAAUUUGAAAACUUACAAUUACAAGCCACAUACAAUUGAAAGAUGUAUGAAUAAGAGUAUUGAUUAUGAGGAUGAUAUAAUUAUUAUUAGUGACAACGAAGAUAAUGAUUCUAAUUUUAAUUUUUGUGAAGUUGAUAAUGAAGAGGUUAAUAACGAAAUUAAUGAAAUUAAUAAAAUUGAUUUAAAGGAUUAUGAAUCAAUGAUAUUCACAGAUCUUAAAAAAAAUUGGCCUACAAUUUUAAAAAAAAUGAGUGAUCCUUUGACAGGAAAUAAGGUAUUUGAAAGUAUUUUAUUAAACAAAUUAUUAUUUCGGAUGGUUCAUGGAAAUGCUAAAACUAAAAAAAAAAUAUAUCAAUCUAGAAUAUCAAUCAAUCAUUGGAAAACAAAGUUUAAAUGUUUGUCACAUCAAAUAAGGACAUUAGUAAAUAGUACAAAAAGUGAUAAAAAUACAAAACUUUUAAAUAUUCAAGAUAAAAAUGUAAAGGAUACAACAUUAUGUUCAAAUAUUGGAGUUGACAAGCAAGCAAAUGAUAUUGAUAUAAAGAAAAAAGUUUCCACAGAAUUAAAAAGUGAUAUUACACCAGACAAUUUGAAAACUUACAAUUACAAGCCACAUACAAUUGAAAGAUGUAUGAAUAAGAGUAUUGAUUAUGAGGAUGAUAUAAUUAUUAUUAGUGACAACGAAGAUAAUGAUUCUAAUUUUAAUUUUUGUGAAGUUGAUAAUGAAGAGGUUAAUAACGAAAUUAAUGAAAUUAAUAAAAUUGAUUUAAAGGAUUAUGAAUCAAUGAUAUUCACAGAUCUUAAAAAAAAUUGGCCUACAAUUUUAAAAAAAAUGAGUGAUCCUUUGACAGGAAAUAAGGUAUUUGAAAGUAUUUUAUUAAACAAAUUAUUAUUUCGGAUGGUUCAUGGAAAUGCUAAAACUAAAAAAAAAAUAUAUCAAUCUAGAAUAUCUAUCAAUCAUUGGAAAACAAAGUUUAAAUGUUUGUCACAUCAAAUAAGGACAUUAGUAAAUAGUACAAAAAGUGAUAAAAAUACAAAACUUUUAAAUAUUCAAGAUAAAAAUGUAAAGGAUACAACAUUAUGUUCAAAUAUUGGAGUUGACAAGCAAGCAAAUGAUAUUGAUAUAAAGAAAAAAGUUUCCACAGAAUUAAAAAGUGAUAUUACACCAGACAAUUUGAAAACUUACAAUUACAAGCCACAUACAAUUGAAAGAUGUAUGAAUAAGAGUAUUGAUUAUGAGGAUGAUAUAAUUAUUAUUAGUGACAACGAAGAUAAUGAUUCUAAUUUUAAUUUUUGUGAAGUUGAUAAUGAAGAGGUUAAUAACGAAAUUAAUGAAAUUAAUAAAAUUGAUUUAAAGGAUUAUGAAUCAAUGAUAUUCACAGAUCUUAAAAAAAAUUGGCCUACAAUUUUAAAAAAAAUGAGUGAUCCUUUGACAGGAAAUAAGGUAUUUGAAAGUAUUUUAUUAAACAAAUUAUUAUUUCGGAUGGUUCAUGGAAAUGCUAAAACUAAAAAAAAAAAUAUAUCAAUCUAG